AUGGCAGAUAAUAAAGUUAACGAGUUUUUGGCUAAUGCACGAAAAGCCGUGUCGUUUCCCGUUGAGGAAUUGACGAACUUCUUGGAUGACGGAGCAAAAAACACAGACCAUCUUAUCCAUCCAUCCAUUAUAAAAGCUCGUCGCAGAUGGCUUGAAAAUCUUAUAGAUUCCAAAAAGGAACCAGUGUUCAUCAACCAUGACAGAAUCUUCCUUAAUAGAGAGCAGCUUUAUGUGAGAGCUUUGCAAAAAUCGAAGAGACUAAUUCAAUUAAAGAAACAAUAUGAUCUAUCGCCAACGGAUUGGAACACGCUGAUCAUAGCAACUGGCGAGGCACUUCCAAUAAUUUUGAAUGAUUUCAUGUUUCGACCGGUUAUUGAAGGACAAAUGUCCGAGGAACAAAUUAAAAAAUGGCUUCCUUUAGUAGAGAACUAUGCGAUCUUGGGAUGCUAUGUUCAAACGGAAUUGGGGCAUGGAUCCAAUGUUAGAAAAUUAGAAACAACCGCUACUUAUAUACGUGAAACCGACGAGUUCGAGAUUCAUUCUCCAACUUUGACCUCAACAAAAUGGUGGCCCGGCUCUCUUGCGCGAACAAGGUACACUCUCAAUUUAUAUCCUUCAAACGUUGUCGUCAAUCACACAAAUGUUGAUUGGCCUAUUUUUAUCCACAGUAAUCACGGAGCUGUAUUUGCGCGACUUAUUAUCGAUAAUAAGGAUUACGGAGUUCAUCCUUUCAUAGUGCAGUUUCGUGGUAAAGAUCAUAAGCCAUUACCAGGAAUCGAGAUUGGUGACAUCGGUCCAAAGUACGGAAUGAAUGUUAUUGACAACGGUUUCCUUCGCUUUACAAAAGUUCGUAUCCCACGUACUAACAUGCCAAUGAAAUUUUCAAAAGUCUCGAACACCGGUGUUUACACCAGACCACCUCACGCAAAGAUGGCCUAUGGUGUAUUGGUUUUAGGUCGUGCUGAUAUUAUUCAAAAUGCUGCAAUUAUUCUUGCGAGAGUUCUAACGAUAGCCAUAAGGUAUUCGAUCAUUCGCAGACAGGGCAAUGAUUACAAAGACCCGAGUCAAGAAUUGCAAGUUUUAGAUUAUCAAUCCCAACAGUACAAAUUAUUCAGGGGUUUGGCGAUGGCGUACGUGUUUUUAUUUAAUGCAAGGUUUAUGAGAAAGCUAAUUGAGGAAAAUUUGUCUAAAGUUAACCAAGGGGAUGUCAGUUUGAUGGCCGAAGUGCAUAUUAAUUCCGCGGGAUGGAAAGCUUUGUGUACCGAUUUGGUAACUGCAUCUAUAGAAGAUGCUAGACGUAGUUGUGGUGGGCAUGGAUAUUCAAGCCUCAGUGGAAUCCCGGAAAUCUUGUCCUUUUACUCUCAAUAUCCUACAGUGGAAGGGGAAAACACCAUCAUGUACCUACAGACCGGAAAUUAUCUCUUGAAAACUUUUCAAUCCAUCAAGAAAGGAAAAAUCAUUAAUGGUCGACUAAACUAUAUCAAGGAUUAUAAGAAGAUCCUACUUCAAAAAUCAUCUUCAAAAUCCGUGGAACAGUUGUUGGAUCCUGAUUUUCAACUCGAAUCCUUUAGACAUCGAUUUCUAUAUCUUAUAUUCAACCUUGACAGCGAUCUCAAAACAACAUCACAAGUCCAUCCCGAUGGAUUCGAAGGAGCAAAGUCAGGGCACAUUAUAGACACAUUAAAUGUUACACGUGCCUAUUGUUAUUUGACGAUUUUAUCAAAUGCCCAUGAAGGAUUGAAAUCUUUAAUGAAGCAACAUCCGCGCUUGUAUCCAACGUUAAGGAAUCUCGUAGAUUUGUUCUUUGUUGACACCGUUUUGAUCCAAUCCGGUGAUUUUCUAAUGGCUGGGUAUUAUGAUUCCAAUCACAUUAAACUUUUACAAAGGACACAAAAACAACUAUUGAGGAAGAUUAGACCUGACGCUAUAGGAUUAGUGGAUGCAUGGGAAUUUAGCGAUAAUUGUUUGAACAGUGCAUUGGGAAGAAGUGAUGGAGACGUGUAUGAGACGAUGUAUAAUUGGGUUAAGGAGGAGCCAUCGAAUCAGAAACAGGAAACGGGAGUAUACGUGGGAUAUAAUGAGGUUUUGAAAAACGUUUUGAGUGGAGACUAUUUAAAAGAGAUUGGAUUAAGUCGAAAUGAUGGAGUUGAGAAGGCGAAGUUAUAG